GAAUCGUCGAAUUUUGCGUCGCCAUUACGAUGGCAAUAACUACGAUUCCCCUGUGCUUCCGACCACCACCGCAUUCUCCGGCGAAUCUCAUUCUUCCUCGUCCAACCAUCUCCUUCAUCCUUCAUCAACGAAUAUCAUUUACAUCAACGAAAUCCCCGUCUACCAUAACCAGAGCUUUGAGAGAAUGGCAGGAAUUCGAGGAAGCGGUGAAGGAGAAAGACCUCGCUCGAGCUCUCCGCUUCUUAAAGGACGUUCCUAUCGAUCUCGAAGACUUUCCGAUCGAGUUAACCCGGUCCAAGGCUGCCCAAUUGGGCUUGGAUGUUCGAGAAAGGGACUGGGAAGUUUUGGACACUUGCCUUAAUGCCGAUGAUAUGAGGCUUGUCGGAAGUGCUUACUCUUUCCUCAAAGAUAAAGGCUUUUUACCCAAUUUCGGCAAGUGUCGCAAUAUAGUACUAGAUGGCCCGAGAGAUGUUACACCAAGUGUUUUGAAGUCUUCAACAGGGUUAGAAGCAUCGAAGCUCUCACCAAAGAAAUGGGGUCUUUCGGGAAACUCUACUAUUGCUUUGGUUGGUUUCCUAGGAGGGGUGUCUUUCCUGUUGAAUAAAGGAAUAGACAUCAGGCCUAACUUAGCAGCUGUAUUGGGCCUAGGCAUACUGGAUUCCAUUGUCCUUGGUGGAACUUGCUUAGCUCAAAUUUCAAGUUAUUGGCCGCCACAUCGUCGUCGAAUUCUUGUACACGAAGCAGGACAUCUUCUUACAGCUUACCUUAUGGGCUGUCCAAUCCGGGGAGUGAUAUUAGACCCAAUUGUUGCUAUGCAAAUGGGCAUUCAAGGACAGGCUGGAACACAGUUUUGGGAUGAAAAUCUUGCGAAUGAACUUGCUAAAGGCCGUUUAAGUGGUACUGCGUUUGAUAGGUACUGUAUGGUGCUAUUUGGUGGGAUUGCAGCGGAAGCUCUUGUUUAUGGUGAGGCUGAGGGAGGAGAAAACGAUGAAAAUCUGUUCAGGAGCAUAUCGGUUCUCUUAGAACCUCCAUUAUCAACUUCUGAGAUGUCGAAUAGAGCAAGGUGGUCAGUAAUGCAAUCGUAUAAUCUGCUAAAAUGGCAUAAAAGUGGGCAUCGAGCUGCUGUGGAGGCUCUUGAAAGUGGUAGCAGUUUAAGUGUGGUUAUAAGGAGAAUAGAGGAAGCCUUAUCGUCUUCAAGUUCAUCAAAUUGAUGAAAUAGAUGAAGCCUUGGCUCAUCAAAGCUAAUGCUCCAGCUUAAGGUUAUAGAAAACACUGAGAGCAACCUCGAGCAUCGAUGCACCUAGGCCUUCUCGUGAUUUCUUGUGUUUGUGUGUGUUAUCAUUCAUCUUCUAAUCCAAGCUCUUCCCUCGUUAGAUUUAGUAGUUAUUUUCUCUAGUGAUUAAGAUGAGGAAAUAGUUGUUGAAGAGUUAGAGAAGAUCUUAAGCUAGCCAAACCUAGUAUAAGAUGAAUACUAAGAUUGUAAAAUCAAUACUCCGUAACGAGGAGAAGAUUGCACACUUGCGUUAAACGAGACCCCGCCGCAUCUGAGGAUUCGGGUUCACUCAGAAUCUGAGGUAUUUCCAGAUAUGUGAAGAAAUGAGCUCAUUUUUUAUUGUCAAUCAAGGAUGUUGGGAUUGUGAGAUGAGGUCUUUGAAACACUUGGUAUCCUUUCACACUUUUAAAAGUUUAUUAACUUAUCA